AUGUGGUUGUGGUGGAGGCACGGCGAGGUGGUGUUCGUGAUUUUGUGUUGUGGGUGCUGCCAAUUGGAGUGGACGGCUGGUAGGGGUGGUUUCCAUGACAGGAGUAACCGACGAUGUAUUGUAGCAGCCAGAGGUGAGUAUUGGGACGAAGGAAUGACGGUUAGGGUUAUGGAUAGUGGAGGCAACGAUGAUGCAAAUGGAUCUGUCAUGGGCUGGCAACCAAUAUCUGUUAGAAAUAUCCCUCCUUCUACCGUAAAAAUGGAGCACAGCACCAUGACCUCCAUAGAUGGACCUCCAUUUCUACACAUUUCUUCUGUUUCCCGCACUGCUGCUCAAGCUGUUCCAAGCUUACCAUCUUCUUCACCUAUAUCGACAUCUCAAGAAAUGAUUGCACAAUCAAACUACAUCAAAGUCUGGGAGGUAAUUACUAUAAUUGCACAAAAAAUAAAUGCAGUUGGACUACUGCAUGAAGUUGUUUAA